AGUACCUGACUUACGUAGCUUUAACAGCAUAUACACCAGAGUAUCUUCACUUUUACAUGUCGCAUACCUAAUCUAACACCGUAAAAACCACUCUCGUUAAAUAGCGACACAUAUAUAAUGUUCAACGCAUUAAACCGAUACCUCUCGCGCCUCGACGGCGAUACGCGACCGCACCAAAAAGACGGACCCGGAUUCGGCUUCCAAGUCCUGCGCAACACAAACCUCGAGCUGGGCAUCGAGCCAUGGUUCGACUUUAUCGUUGGUAUCAACGGGCGCGUAAUUGACAACCCCGACCCCCGCCUCUUCGCGCAAGAAGUCCGCAACUGCGCCGGCAGCAGCGUCGCCCUAGGUCUCUGGAGCGCCAAGGGCCAACGAACUCGCGUCCUGCACGUUCCAGUUCCAGCCGACACACGAUCUCUUGGGUUAUCCCUCCAAUGGACGCCUCUCGCUAUAGCUUCCAACGUCUGGCACGUCCUCGACGUCGCUGCGAACUCACCCGCUGACCACGCUAGUCUAUUACCGUAUAGCGAUUACAUCCUCGGCACACCAGAUGGAGUUUUACAUGGUGAAAGUGGGUUGGGUGAGCUGGUGGAUGAUUACGUGGGACGCCCGUUGAAGCUUUGGGUUUAUAAUAACGAAUACAACGUCACGAGGGAGGUUGAAAUCGUGCCGAGUCGCGAAUGGGGUGGUGAAGGAGCGCUGGGGUGUGUGCUUGGAUAUGGGGCGUUGCAUCGGUUACCUGCGCCUUUGAGUGAACCUGUUCAAGCACCCGGCGAGACAUUGUUUGAUGGCGAUACGAGCGGUACCCGUACUAGUACGGAACAAUUUACCACUCUAGCUCCCCCGGCCGAUGCGAAUGUGUUUGUUCCAGCUUCGUCACCGGAUUUCCUCGUCCCCGCGCAACUGGUUAGCUCAACACCACCUCCACCAGCCGGCGCAGCGCCGCCGCGAAGUAAGAAGAAAGAACGGCAUGGUCACGGUCCGAAGAGAUUGAUGGACGACUACUUUGCGGAAGAAGAAAAGAAGAGUAGGGAGUUAGACGGGAACCUAUCAGCGAGCAAAACACCGCCGCCUCCACCUCCUAAAGCGGUUGGUGGUCCUCCGAGAGCAGCACCCCCGCUAGCAAAAGCUGAAGAAACAGGUGGUGGGGAUGACGACGAUGUAGAUUAGAUAUAUAAAUCACGACCUUGAAAUACGAAGA